UUCACCGCUUCUUCCUGUGUCGCAGGGCAAAGAUGGCGCCCUCUCUCCUCCAGGCCUACAGGAGGCGCUGGUGGAUGGCGGUGACGGCGGUGAUUGAGAAUCUGCUGUGCUCGGCAGUGCUUUUAGGCUGGGGAUCACUACUCAUCAUGCUGAAGCGAGAGGGCUUUUACUCACACCUUUGCUCAGAAAAUGAUUCGGUGGUGGUUUCUUUGGGCAACUCUUCCGACGGCGAGGUGAAGGAAUGGCUCAGCUGCGUGGACCAAGAAGAGAUGUUGAAUCUGGGCUUCACCAUUGGCUCUUUCUUGCUCAGCGCCACCACCUUGCCCCUCGGGAUCCUAAUGGACAAGUUUGGGCCACGCCCUAUUCGCCUGAUGGGCAGCUCGUGUUUUGGUUUUUCCUGCAUUCUGAUGGCCGUAUCUGCCUACAACCCACCAACACUGUCGGCACUCAUCUUUCUGGCUCUGUCCAUGAAUGGCUUCGGGGGCAUCUGUCUGACCUUCACCUCGCUCACGCUGCCUAAUAUGUUUGGCGCAAUGAGCUCCACCAUUAUGUCUCUUAUGAUUGGCUCAUACGCCUCAUCUGCUGUCACCUUCCCUGGAGUCAAGCUCAUCUACGAUGCCGGCGUGUCCUUCGAGGUGAUCAUGUGGUCCUGGGCGGGCCUUGCCGCCUUUGUCUUUGUUAAUUGCUUCCUCAACUGGCCCACCAAAGGUUUUCCGACGCCCGAAGAAGUUGAUUACAGUAAGAUCCUCACAUUGGAAGUGUUGCCAUCAUCCGACCAGAAGGCUGUUGAAGAGAGACUGAGGGAAAAAAAUGGUGACAUCCAACUCUCCACGGAAAAACUUCCCAAUGGAGGCAAUGUUGGAUCUAACGCUGUUCCCUUCCGGCGCUCUGUCUUCUCCGCCAUCUUCCUGUGGAGUCUGGUCACGAUGGGGAUGUCCCAGUUGAGAAUCAUCUUCUUCAUGGGAGCCAUGAACAAGAUGCUGGAGUUCAUUGUGAUGCACGGCGAAGAAAACCCAUCGGAAGACUUGGUGAUUGAGAGCGCAGAGAAAGUGAGCUUCUACUCAUCCAUCUUCGGCACCCUGCAGCUGCUGUGCCUCGUCACGUGUCCUUUGAUUGGCUACAUCAUGGACUGGAAGAUGAAGGAGUGUGAGGAGGACAAGCCCAUCACACCAGGAAGUGAAAAGAGGCAAAGCAGUGGGACCAAGCGAGACCGCACGAUCCAGAAGUUGACCAACGUCAUGAGGGCCUUCAUCCUCACCAACCUGCUGCUCAUCGCUUUCGGCUGCUGCUCCCUCAUCGACAGCCUGCCGCUACAGAUCCUGACCUUCAUCCUUCACACGAUGGUCCGAGGCUUCAUCCAUUCCUGCUGCGGAGGCCUCUAUGCUGCUGUCUACCCAUCCAACCACUUCGGCACACUCACAGGCCUCCAGUCCAUGAUUAGUGCUGUGUUAGCCUUGCUCCAGCAGCCACUCUUCAUCGCCAUGGUCGGUCCCCUUAAAGGAAACCCCCACUGGAUCAACGUGGGCCUGCUGAUCCUCUCAUUGGCCGGCUUCCUGUUGCCUGGUUACCUGUUUUUCCACCGCAGAUCCCUAAUGAGGGAAAAAGAGGCCCGAGACAAGAGGGCUACCGGCCAGGAGAUGCAAGCGCUCAACCACGCCGAGGCCAAUGGUUACAAGUACCACAGCAACGGCCAGGCGGCCGUUGAGGCUUAAAAACCAACAACAGGAGCAAGGAUAUUGUGUGUCUCUUCAAAAUAAGCAGAAAUACGAAAAAUAUUUUUGGGUUAUUGUAAACCAAUUCAUAGAUUAAGAUAGGACUUCCUCCUCCCGGCCCCGAGGCUCGCUCGCCCGCCCGCCCGCCCGCGCUUUGCAUUGACUGAGUGUAAGCCACGUUCACACUGUGGUGUGAUGUGGAUGCAAACUGUCACCAUCUUUUGUUGUCGUUAUUUAUAGGGGUUGAUGUUGUCACAGAGCCAAAUGAGCGCGAUCCUAAGCCAUAAAUGGGUUCUACUCAACAACGCACACGUCCGCCUUGAUGUGGCCUCGGCAUUACACUGCGGACAUCACGGUACUUGAAACACUUGACUCGAGGUUUCAAAGACGAAUCAUUGCAAUCCUCGCUAAAACCAAAGAGCAGCUUGGAAAAGAGUCGAAAUAUUCUUUUUUCCUCAGUAUUGUUCGUAGAGAGUAUUGAAUGAAGUGUUUAGUGCAUUAUUAUUUAAUUUGUAAUCAUGCUGUUUCCACUGAGAUCCAAUUAAUUAAUGUCCCAAAGGGAGGAAACGUGAUCACAAUUUAACUCUGCAGCUUGGCUUGGUUGCAGACACCAUAUCUACCUCCUCCAUUUCAUUAUUCUCUCCGCAGGCGACUGCAUCAUCUGUUCACCUUCUUUUUUUUUCUAAACCGGAGAAAAUAUUAAGUCCUCAAAGCAAAAAGAACCUUGAGUCAGUGCAUUGUUUGCUCCUUGUGCUUUCAUAUUAAUGUGGAGUUGAUUUAACCGUAGGAAGCCCAGACUGAUUAUUCAACUCAAACACACAGUGUGUGUUAAUGUCGUUUAACACUUUGUCCUGCUUUAUGCACGGAAAUGAGAUAGUGUGUGUAAAAUCUGUAUUUAAAGUGUGUUUUUUUGUACUAUAGUGGCAGUAGAAUUCAAAAGGGAAGCGUUUGCUGGACCAGCAAAUGUUUUAUAGCGUGCCAAGAUGAUCGCCUGCGUAUGCUUUGCUCUGUGUUGCUUUUCUUGUCAUGUCGUGUUGAUUCACGAGUAACAAUCCAGCCAAAAUAAUUGACGUUCUGUACAUACUGUUGUUUUUUAUUUCGUGACAUAUUCUAGUUGCUCUAUCAUAUAUGCUCUGUGUCCAGUAUGUUGCAGUGUUUUAAGCAGCUGGAGUUUUGUGUCGUUUGAUUAGAUUACGUGAUGACGAUUACUCAAGUCUGCUCUAACAUUGGGACAAUGCGACUGUCCAGUUUGAAUUUAUGCAAUCACUUUGUAAAGGCUGAUUUGUUUUGACUCAAUGCAUUUCACUGUCCUUCCAUGUUGAUUAUAGGGCUUCUUUCAGAGGUGAUGAUUUUCUUUCCAAUUCUAAAUAUAUGCAAGAGAUGCAUUGUGUAGUUUGUUUAUACUGGGCUGCCUUUCCCCGACAUAUGGCUCCUUGGCGACACGGACUUGAAGAACAAAACUGUGCCAAACUAAAUCCAAAGCAUUAGGGACCGUAAACUAAUCGGUCAGGAAGGGCUGUUUUUGCACGUCAUUCAAUCCAUGCCUCUGUCCUUUGCGUUACCCUGUAUAUCAUCAAUCAUGCACUGUUGCUAAUGUAAUCCUGCUUAAAGUAAUUAAGAAACAAUCACUUUAUCAGCUUGUACAUUUUAUAAAUAAAUAUAUGGAUGAAACAAG